AUGAAUUCUACUAUAAAAUCAUACACCUCUAUGAUCACAGAUGAAGAGAGAGUCGCUUAAUAGCAACUGGAGAACCAUAAAUCCAUAUUAAAGCAAUCUGGCUUGUAAGAGAAAGCAAGAGGAGCUGAGUUUAAUGGUUCACAAGAUUUUUACAACACAGCUUCAACUCUUUGUCAAUCAAGGAAUGGCAACUUCAAUAUUGAGAGCUCUUCUAUUCUACAAAGAAACCUAGACUAGCAAUACCAAAAGACCUUGAAUUCGUUCAACAUUUAGAUGACUACAUUUAUUCAAGAUAUUGAAAAGAAAUUGGUCUAGGAUGUUGAUCUUAUCUUGGCGCACAUUGAUGAACUUCAAUUCUUCAAAAUUACCAAAGAUGAGGAAAUUGGGAGAGAAGCUGAGAAAAAGUAUGGUAUCAUGCCUCCUUUAUAUAAGGUUGAAAUACCUUUCAAAAAAUAGGAAUUGCAGCAACAUAUCUCAACUAAACCUAAUAGACCCUAGACAAAAAAAAGAGGUACCGCACUAUUUUUUAUUCUUGUAAUAGAUGUGAAAGUUAACAGGAAGUAACCUGCAACUAAGAUUAAAAUGAAGCAAGAAAAGAUGUCUUUUUCAAAGAGUUCCAAAUAGUAUAUGAAAAAGCAGAGGCCUCCAUAGUCCAAGAAAAAGGCUUAGGCAUAAAUCAAGUUUGAAAGUGAUGAUUCAAAUGAUGACUUAAUGAAUAUUGAAUAUUCUAUUCUAAACAAUCAAGAUUGA